AAUCCAGAUUUGUUAUCGCCGAGCUUAAGAUGUUAAUCAAGGGUAAUUCCUACUAUGCGAACUAUAUCAUCUGCUUAGAUUCAAGGCGAUUUUAUUUAAAUUACUUAAAUUACUAAAUGAAUUAAUGAAUUACUAAACAUAGGAUAACUGAAAAGUUCCAUGUUUUCCAUCCCUGAUUUUUGAUAAUUCUGGAACCUCUGGCCCGCCUUUUUAGCUUCCCUGAGUCAUCACUUACUCAUCUUUAUCUACUGUAGAUGGUGUUGUAUUGCCAUGGACAUGACAAUUUGGUUCGUUUGGACUUCCCUCCUCCGCCCUGUACAAUUUUCUAUUUAUGUGCCAAUUUAGCGGCGAAAUAACAAGUAACAAUAGUCUAUAGUCUAUAGCGGCAUAAAGCUGCCAAUGGCGGCGAUAAGAUUAGAUUUUCUCUGAUGCCCAAGCCGAAGAUAAGGAUUGGUCAAGUUAGAUGGAGCUAGUCACCUAAAUUCCCACCGCUGGCAUUGCGCAUUUUCAUUCCAACCGCCGUCGGCAGCAGAACCACCAAGAAACAAGAAUACAUCCACAAAAUGAUGCAGCAGAGACUACUCAUUUUGGGUCUGAUCGGAUUGACACUGGUGGGCAUGUGCCACGCCCAGGGGCGCAUCAUGGGCGGGGCGGAAGCGGACCCCACAGCCACGCCCUUCGCCGCCUCCUUGCGGGUGGACAACGCCCACGCGUGCGGCGGAUGCAUUCUUUCCCCGACCAAGAUCCUGACCACCGCCCACUGCGUCCAUCGCGAUGGAAAGCUAAUCGAUGCCAGUCGUCUGUCGUGCCGCGUGGGCAGUACCAAUCAGUACGCCGGUGGCAAGAUCGUGUUCGUGGAGUCGGUGGCAGUGCAUCCGGACUACUAUAACCUGGACAACAACCUGGCCGUGAUCACGCUGAGCUCCGCGCUGAGCUACACCGAACGGAUCAGUGCCAUCCCGGUGGCCGCCAGUGGGGAGGCGCUGCCCGCCGAGGGGUCGGAGGUGAACGUGGCCGGCUGGGGUCGCACCAGCGACGGCACCACCUCGUACAAGAUCCGUGAGACGUCGCUCCAGGUGGCCUCGGAAGCGGCCUGCCUGGAUGCGUACAGUAAUCACGGCGAGCAGAGCUUCUGCCUGGCCCACGAACUGAAGGAGGGCACCUGCCACGGAGAUGGAGGCAGUGGCGCCGUCUACGGCGAUAAGUUGAUCGGGGUGACGAACUUUGUGGUGGGCGCCUGCGGCUCCCGCUACCCGGAUGUGUUUGUGCGGCUCUCCAGCUACUCGGAUUGGAUCCAGGAGCAGAUCGCCUAGGUCGCACCUCCCCGUUUUCCUUACAAGCUAUCAAAAUAAUAAAUACAUCCCAAACUGAACGCGGGCCUUUCCCCUGAUGGCAAUGA